AUGUCUUCCAGCGGAGCCUUCAACAACCCCAUCAUUCCCGGAUUCAACCCGGAUCCUUCAAUCUGUCGGGUGAAUGACGAUUACUUCCUAGUAACUUCAACGUUUGAGUACUAUCCUGGAAUUCCGGUCUACCACAGCAAAGAUCUUCUGAAAUGGGAUCUUAUCGGUCAUGUCAUCACCAGGCAUUCGCAAAUUAAUAUGCGAACGACCGAACCAUCAGGUGGACUCUGGGCGCCGUCAAUUCGUUAUCACGAAGGAAAAUUCUAUGUUUCUCUAGGAUGCACUCAUCGCUUCCGCCCAAAAGAAUGGGAUAUUGUCAUCCCUCGUGGUUUCUAUGUGACCACCACAAAUAUCUGGGACUCGUCUUCUUGGUCCGAUCCAACCUUCUUCGACGUCCCUGGAAUUGACCAAGAUCUUUUCUUCGAUGACGAUGGUAAGGUGUAUUUUUCUGCGGUCAACAUGAUCACCGACCCGAGAGUGAAAAAGCACGGUCUUGGAUUAGCCACAUUCACCGCGGAAAUUGAUCUCGCCACUGGACGGUGCCUGGGGCCAGCCAAGUGGAAUAGAUUGUCCAACUUCGGCCUUGGCAUUGCCGAGGGUCCUCACAUCUUCAAAAAGGAUGGCUACUACUACCUGAGUACGGCCGAGGGCGGCACCGAUGAAGGUCACCAGCAAUGGAUUUUCCGCAGUACCACGGGACCGUUUGGACCGUGGGAGGAAGGUCCCCAGGGGACUGUCAAUCCCGUGAUUUUCAACGGUAAUGAUCCUUCAAUCCGAAACACGGGACAUUUGGAUUUCAUCGAAACUCCAGACAGCAAGUGGUUUGCCGUGUUCUUGGGAGUUCGGCCUCAAGGUGAACAGACCGAACUGAUCUCACAACUUGGUCGCGAAACCUUCAUGAGUCCCGUUGAAUGGAUUGAUGGCUGGCCAAUUGUCAACGGUCGCCAACCCAUCAGUCUCCAAAUGCAGGCAGAGGGUAUGCAACUUCUCGCGCAGCCAGAGGUCUGGAGGGACGAGUUUCAAGAUUCAACACUCCAGCUUGGCUGGUAUCACCUCCGAACGCCCUUGAAGAAGGAUUAUUCUUUGACGGAACGACCGGGGUCAUUAAGUUUGUAUGGGAAUGCGUAUCGUAUCGACGAUCCUGAAUGUCCGUCUAUGCUACUACAGAAGCAGACUGGAUUCUCUGGUGACUGGAGUGUCAAGUUUAAUUUCGCACCCACAGAGGCUGGCCAUGAAGCUGGAACAGCUAUCUGGUGGUCUCAAUAUGCCCACGCUUCGAUCGGACUCCGAAAACCAUUUGACGAGGACAAGUGCGGACUGGAGAUGGUAUCACGUUGUUACGAUGAGAUUGAAGAUCAGUUUAAGGAACUUACACAUCAAUUACCACUGGAAUGUGGGGAUAUUGAACUUGUCAUCCGUGCCUCUCCUACCCGAUACGAGCUCUUCUUCUCAGUGCAGCAGGGCGAAUCCACUCCUUCAGAGCCCGUCAAAUUGGGUGAAAUAUCCAGCAAGGCAUUGACGCACCGUCGGUCUGGGAAGGAAUCCCCUAAUACCGGGUCGCAUUUCGCAAUUUAUGCUCAGGGUGCUUACGGGAAACCAUGCUUUGAGCCCGCACACUUUGAGUUUGCGGAGUGGAAGUCUGUCCCUGGGAGAGAAUAA